CAACCAGUGGGCUGUCUUCACGGCCGAGCUCAUUACGUGUCGUGGCGUCGGCGUCUGACGUAUCCAUUCCGCGACACAGGUGGCGUUACACAGGAGUUCCGUGAUAAGUGCAGCCGUAGCCGGUUUUGCUUGUGUUUACCUGGUACUCUGGCAGUUUGUACAGUUUUUUCACCAUGGCAGAACAGGCGCAGAACAUUAGUGCUAUUCCAACUGAUGCAAUCAGCAACAUAAAAAUCACGUCGGUUUGGACUUUUCUGCUUUCUAUCCAGUGGUCUGAAUCCUGGUUGAUCGGGUUGGGCUUGUUCCACACGCUCUGUUUCGCUGUAACUCUGGUGACGUUGCGGUUUUAUCGGGCGCAGGUCUGUCACUUCCUUCUUAUGGUGGGGAUGGUGUACUCUGCAGAGUACAUUAAUGAAGUUGCUGCUUUGAACUGGAGAUUGUUCUCCAAAUAUCAGUACUUUGAUUCCAAAGGAAUGUUCAUCUCGCUGGUGUUCUCUGCUCCUCUGCUGUGCAACACUGUUAUUAUUGUGAUGGUCUGGGUUUAUAGGACGUUUGCGACAAUGACUGAGUUGAAAUCUCUGCAAGUAAAACGGAAGGCAGCAAGGACAAAGAGAAAAACAGAAUGAAGAUCAAACAGUUUCACACGCCUGUAUAUCAGUAACAGUCCCAGAAUUACACACCAGAAUACCAGUAACAGUCCCAGCAUUACACACCAGAAUAUCAGUAACAGUCCCAGCAUUACACACCAGAAUAUCAGUAACAGUCCCAGCAUUACACACCAGAAUACCAGUAACAGUCCCAGCAUUACACACCAGAAUAUCAGUAACAGUCCCAGCAUUACACACCAGAAUAUCAGUAACAGUCCCAGCAUUACACACCAGAAUACCAGUAACAGUCCCAGCAUUACACACCAGAAUAUCAGUAACAGUCCCAGCAUUACACACCAGAAUACCAGUAACAGUCCCAGCAUUACACACCAGAAUACCAGUAACAGUCCCAGCAUUACACACCAGAAUAUCAGUAACAGUCCCAGCAUUACACACCAGAAUAUCAGUAACAGUCCCAGCAUUACACACCAGAAUAUCAGUAACAGUCCCAGCAUUACACACCAGAAUAUCAGUAACAGUCCCAGCAUUACACACCAGAAUAUCAGUAACAGUCCCAGCAUUACACACCAGAAUAUCAGUAACAGUCCCAGCAUUACAUGCAUGUAUAUCAGUAACAGUCCCAGCAUUACACACCAGAAUAUCAGUAACAGUCCCAGCAUUACACACCAGAAUAUCAGUAACAGUCCCAGCAUUACACACCAGAAUAUCAGUAACAGUCCCAGCAUUACAUGCAUGUAUAUCAGUAACAGUCCCAGCAUUACAUGCAUGUAUAUCAGUAACAUUCCCAGAAUGACACGCCUGUAUAUCAGUAACAUUUCCAACACUACAUGGAUGCAGCACUAGCCUCGUACUUUCAGACCCUGCCGGUAUGAAUGGUAAGGGUCACGGUGGAUAACUGCAUAGAAACAAUGUGCACAGCUUGUGUUUGCUUGAAACAUUAAUAUACUUGAAAGGUGAGAUUUGGACCUGUCCUUUAAUGGACGGAGUCACUCAUAAUUGUGAUUUGUGUUCCUCAGCAAAGAUGACUGCUUUUUUUGUGUUUACAUGAAAGUCUAAUCUUAAUGUGUUGGUACUGUCUUGAUUAUGUGUUUCUUUUUCUUAAAUACCAAAUGCACAAAUUGUCAGUUGUCUGUUACAACCUUUUUACCAAGAGGUAUGUCAUUUCUCUAUUUCUCUAUCAGGAUGCAGGUAUCUGUAAAGAUUCUUUUAAAUCAAGUAUUGUCCUUUACUAAAACAAACAUGUAAUUUUGUACAGGUGUGUGUUUGCGCAUGUUUGUAUUAUAUAUAAAAUCUUUCAUUUUCAGUAUUAA